AUGUCCAUCGAAGGAAACGUGAAGGAAGAAAAACAGGCGACCCGCAAACAGCUCAGGGCGAAGUUAUCAACUCUGAGUGAUGAUUAUAUACUUCAAUCAAGUCAAAAAGUUGCAAACAUGCUUUUUGAACUACCUCAAUACAAAGAAAGCAAGGGUGUAGCUUGCUUCCUCUCAAUGCCAAAAGAGUUCAACACAAGACCAAUACUCGAAAAAAUAUUCAUGGAUAGUAAGAGCUGCUACCUUCCACGUGUCGAAUCAGUCAGGGACAGCGCGAUGGUGAUGCUCAAGGCUGAGUCUAUUCAAGAUGUUGACUCAUUCCCACCGGGCAAAUGGAACAUCCCAGAACCUCCACGGGAUGGCCCUGCAAGGCUCGAGGCCCUGGAUCCCAACUCCGAUCUUGACUUGGUCAUUGUCCCUGGGCUUGCAUUUGAUCGCAACAAUGGACGAUUGGGUCAGGGGGCCGGUUUCUAUGAUCGGUACUUGUCCAAGGUGAAACAACUUUUUAGCUCUAAGAAGAUCUUCUUGGUUGGGGUCACGCUGGAUGAACUUGUGAUCGAGAAUGUCCCCCGUGAUGACAAUGAUAUGUUGAUGGAUAUAGUCCUUUGGCCCUCCAAACCUAAUUCGUAA